AUGAGAAACGAUGCAGCUUUUGAAGUUCUACAUUUAGCAGUCAAGUCAUUUAUUAGCGGAAAAUGUGCUGAACUAGAUGUAGAGACUGAAUUUAAAGAAAAGCGAGUAGCCAAAAUAAAAUGCAUGACAGGAGAGCUGUGGAGAGAUGAAAGAAUAGAUGACCCAACUACACGUUUUAAAUGUGAAACCUACUUCAAUGUUUUGGAUACAAUUAUAACCCAAAUAAAUGAACGAUUUUACGACUUUAGUAACACAGUUACACAUUUCGACUGCCUUGACCCAUCAAAGCUGUCUGAGGAAAAUAUUAAUUCAUUUAAAAACUUAUGUCAAGUUUAUUGUAACGACGUAAACACUGAAGAAGCAAUUGUAGAGUAUGAAACAUUCAAAGAUGUGUAUGCAUCAAUAUCCCCAUCACUGACAACUGACCUACAAAUAAAAGAUGUACUUCAAUUCUUGAUUGAGAAACAGAUGGCACCCGGCCUCCCUAACUUGUCUAUUCUUUACAAAAUCUACUUGACUCUUCCUGUUACAUCUGCUAAUGCUGAAAGAAGUUUCAGUAAACUAAAGAUUAUAAAAAAUUAUCUCAGAUCAACAAUGACAAACGACCGUCUUUCUGGAUUAGCAUUAAUUUCUAUUGAACGAGAGCUUGCUGAAACCAUUGACUUUAACUUCUUAAUUAAUCGUUUUGCUUUAAUGAAAUCUCGCAAAAAAAAAUUUGUGUAA